ACACAAUCGGCAAUACGUAUCAAGUAUUUUAAAAAAUAAAACGAUUUGAUUUUUAAUAAAAACAUAUCAAAAUUUUUAAAAACUGAUAGAAAUAAAUUUCAUUUCAAUAAGAAAACCUUUAAUAUUUGGUAGACUAUAAAAUUGUUUUAUGUUGUAUGCUUUAUGCGGGUCAUAUACCGUUCCCGCCAAUUAGGCAAACCCCGAGUAAAAUGGAAGUAGCAGACACGGAUUUUGAGAUCGUACCAAAUAAAAGAGCAAAAUCCUCAAUUUGGAAACAGUUUGGUCUGAAGAAAAGGAAGUCAGAUGGAAGGAUUGAGGAAAGUGUUGCGAUUUGUAAACUAUGUGACUCUGUGAUCAAGUGUGCGGGAGGUGGCACUUCUAAUCUUACAGCCCAUUUACGCCGUCACCAUCCACUACAAGUUACAAGUACUGCUACAGCUACCUCUGAAAAAAGUAACGCCGCGUCCCAUGGUUUUCAGCCACAAUCUCUGACUGUAGCUGGGAUGUUCGCUAAUAGACAGCUUUAUAAAUCUUCAUCACCCAAAGCAGUGGACAUUACGCAAAAAAUUGCUAAAUUUUUGGUCAAGGACCUUAGACCUUACAGAAUGGUUGACAGCCCAGAGUUUAGAGAUAUUAUCAAUGCAUUGAACCCGAGAUACCAAGUUCCAUCUCGAAAACAAUUUAGUGAGGCCAUCAUCCCUAAAAUGUACAACGCAGUGAAGGAAAAUGUACUAAAAACCUUGUCAUCAGCAACACAGGUGGCAAUCACUAGUGAUGGAUGGACCUCGAGGUCAACCGAGUCAUAUGUCACUGUCACGGCAACCUUUGUUGAUGCAAAUUGGGAGAUGCAGAAUUAUGUUCUUCAAACCAGGCCCAUGCCAGAAAGUCAUACAGCUGAAAAUGUGGCAUCUGUCAUCAGGGAGGCCUGUAAAGAAUGGAAACUUCCAAGUCCUCUUGGUCCUCCGCCACUGGUGUCUGACAAUGCAGCAAAUAUGUUAAAAGCAGGGCAGAUAAUUGGGUGCAUUCACAUAGGAGGUUUAGCUCACACUCUGAAUUUAGCAGCACAACGUUCCCUGAAAGUGAAAACUGUCUCUAAUCUGUUGGCCCGUAUCAGAACCAUUGUUGCAUUUUUUCAUCGCAGCACUGUGGCAGCAUCAGUUUUAAAAGCCAAGGCAGAACUGUUGGCUAUCCCAAACCACAAACUCAAAAUUGAUGUGUGUACCAGAUGGAAUUCUACCUUUGAUAUGAUUGAGAGAUUUCUAGAAAUGCAGGCUGCUGUCAUAGCUUCACUUAGAUGCAAGGAAUUAUCACAUAUUAAGAACAAGGAUAUAAGCAACCUAAGUGAUGAGAGUGUCUCUCUGGCAGAAAACAUUGCAGCUUGUUUGAAACCCUUAAAGGACAUGACCACUAUGCUCUGCACUGAAUCCACUCCAACUCUUUCUGUGAUUAUGCCACUUCAUCGACAGCUCAUCACCAACAUUCUAGUCGCAAAAGAGGAUGAUUCCCACACAGUUGUGGAGAUGAAGAAGCUUAUGAAAAAUGAUUUGGAAUCAAGGUAUGCAGACAAGAAAGACUUUCUCAACAUGGUGUCAGCCAUUGAUCCUCGUUUUAAAUCUUUACCAUAUCUCACUGAUGAAGAAAAGACAGAUGUGUUUGACCAUGUCACGCAGGAAGCAGUACGUCUAGCAGGAGCCAAAUUGAAACCAUUUGUUGUGAAAACAGAAAAAGAAGAUGAAAACACAUCUACGAUUGUUCAGCCUAACUUGCCCUUAUUGCCUGCGCUUCCUGGUGAUUCAGAAAUUCAGAUUAAAAAUGAAACAGUUGUUGAAACCAGCAGCAAGACAGGAACAUUUGCAGAUUCCUCCUGUGUCUUGCAUGACAUUUUGGGUGAUGUAUUUGUUACUUUAGUAGAGCCACCAAAAUCAUCCCUUGAGUUAGUACAGAUGGAAGUCAUCAAUUAUAAGAGUGAGCCAUCAAUUCCACUAAAGGCCAAUCCUUUAAACUGAUGGCGUGACCACAAGACCAAAUAUCCACAGCUGUGUGAUCUAGCUAAAUCUUUCCUCUGUAUCCCAGCCACAAGUGUGCCUUCAGAGAGGGUGUUCUCAACUGCAGGAGACAUUAUAACUGCACAACGGGCUAACCUUAAAGGAAAGCAUGUGGACACUCUGAUCUUCUUGAAAAAAAAUAUGAUAUAAGAUCAUAUAGAUUUAAAACAGUUCAAUUAAUCCAUCCAUUUACCAAUGUUCAUUGUUUAUUAUAGUUUGUUACUUUUGCGGGUUUUUUUUAUAUUCUUUUGUUUAUAAUAGUCAUUCCUGUUGAUUCUAGUCAUGAUACAGAGACACUGCUGUAUACUAAGUAUAUACUAUAUACUUACUUUUAUGUUGAUACUGGUUUCAAAAUAAAAUUUGACAAUAUAUUUCUCUUUUUAUAUUGCAUCGAAUAAAUUAAAUACCAUUUGCAAUCAAUUAACUAUUACCUGCUAAUUAUAUACAAUGAAUCACAACUAAAAAACGAUAAAAAUUAAAUCAUAUUACUUAAAGGUAAAAUGUGCGGUAUACCGUGGUAUGUACCGCGGUAUUGUGCAAAUACCAUGGUAUACCGCGGUACUUUUUUUUUUGGCGGUAC